AUGUCGCCGCCCUCAGACACCACAUUUCUCGCUGUUUACUGGGCUCAGGUGGGGUUUGAUAAAAAGCGGUAUCGAAUUUGUGCUGCGCCUGGAACACUGACUCUGCCCCUUGUUCGUCGUGGCGCCAUCGGACAUCGCGUGGAUGUUCACGUAGGUCUGGAAGGGGCCGCUGACCUCGACAGACUGGAAGCCGAGCUCCUCUCGCCAAAGCUGGUAGUUUUCGAAGCGGGUAAGUCCAAUUCGCCCUUUUUUCGUGCCUGUGAUUAG